UCCAGGAACACAGGGUAGGGAAAGGGAUGACUCCCCUGCCCCAAUAAUUGAACAGGGUUAAAAAUAAUGAUUCCUCUCUCCAGUUAUGUUGGCUUGCUAGAGGAAGAACCCAAAGGCUACAUAAAUCUGAUGGUUAUACUGGAUUGUGAAACCUCUGCUAAAUCACAUUGCAACGUGAGCUUUUGAUCUGGUGAAUUGUGCAAAACUCUUCCAGAUGUUGGCUUUCCUCAGUAGAUUAGAGUGUUUGUGGAUGACCGGUGUGCUGACAUAACCAGGAGCAGCUAUCAAGCUGGACAGAUGACUUGCCCCUUUGCCAGCUUUCUGGUGUGGGCUCAGCCCCUAACCGUUCCUAUUCCACAGAUGGAAAGGGGACAGAAAUGCAUCCUUGGGAAGAUAACUGGUUGAAAUUUAGAAGUGAAAACAAUUGCUACCUCUAUGGAGUCUUCAAUGGAUAUGAGGGCAACCGGACCACUAACUUUGUGGGUGAGCGACUCUCCGCAGAGCUCCUUUUGGGCCAGCUGAACGCAGACCAUGAUGAUGCUGAUGUCCGUAGAAUUCUGCUGCAGGCUUUUGAUGUGGUGGAAAGGAGUUUCUUAGAGUCUAUUGAUGAUGCAUUGGCUGAGAAGGCCAGCCUACAGUCGCAGCUUCCAGAGGGGGUCCCCCAUCAGCAGCUGCCUUCUCAGUACCAGAAAAUCUUGGAGCGGUUGAAGGCACUAGAAAAGGAAAUCUCUGGAGGAGCCAUGGCCAUUGUGGCCGUCAUUCUUAACAACAAGCUGUACAUCGCAAAUGUAGGCACCAACCGUGCGCUCUUGUGCAAAUCGACCGUAGAUGGAUUGCAAGUGACGCAGCUCAACAACGAUCACACUGCAGAGAACGAGGAUGAGCUGUUCCGCUUUUCUCAGCUGGGUUUGGAUGCAGCAAAAAUAAAGCAAGUGGGAGCAAUAUGUGGGCAGGAGAGCACUCGGCGCAUUGGGGAUUAUAAGGUCAAGUACAGCUACAGCGACAUCGAACUUCUGAGUGCUGCAAAAUCUAAGCCAAUUAUAGCGGAACCUGAAAUCCACAGAGGGCUCUCGCUGGAUGGCGUCACAGGCUUUCUUGUUCUGAUGUCCGAAGGGCUCUACAGAGCUCUGGAAGCAGCUCAUGGCCCUGGGCAAGCCAAUCAGGAGAUUGCAGCCAUGAUUGCCACAGAGUUUGCAAAACAAACCUCCCUGGAUGCCGUGGCUCAAGCAGUCGUGGAUCGAGUGAAACGCAUUCACUGUGACACUUAUGCCAGCGGUGGCGAAAGGUCCAAGUUCUGUUCUCGGCAUGAGGACAUGACACUGCUGGUGAGGAAUUUUGGAUACCCACUGGGCGAGAUGAGCCAGCCCACACUGACCCCAACACAAGGUGGCCGUGUUUAUCCUGUGUCAGUGCCAUACUCCAGUGCACAGAGCACAAGCAAGACCAGUGUAACCUUGUCCCUUGUCAUGCCUUCCCAAGGUCAGAUGGUGAAUGGUGCCCACAGUAGCGCCACACUGGAUGAAGCCACACCCACCCUCACUAAUCAGAGCCCAACGGUGACCCUCCAGUCUACCAACACUCACACCCAGAGUAGUAGCUCAAGCUCUGAUGGGGGCCUCUUCCGUUCCCGCCCCUCUCACUCUCUCCAGCCAGAUGAAGAUGGCCGUGUUGAGCCCUAUGUGGACUUUGCAGAGUUCUACCGCCUCUGGAACAUGGACCACAGCGAGCAGGGGGCGCUCACUGUGUAAUGCUGCAGAAAGAUUAACUCCUGUGAAUUCCCACCAGAUGGAGAAAUGGUGUCUAAUAAAGCGGGAACAGUGUAUCUGGCUGGCCACAUUACACCAUAAAGCAUGCUCUUCUUUUAGGAAUGGGACUAAGUUUUAGAUUGGCUGCUGAUAAACGAUUUUUCUCAUCAACCCGCCAAGCAUGUUGACAAUGGAACCUUGUGGGUACUAAGAGAGGGUUGUGAAGUCUUCCCCUAUCUCUAGUAUUACAGACAGUUGGUAGUCAGGGCUCUGUUACAGAGAAGACAACAGCAUCAAGUGUCUGUCAAGAGAUGUACAUAUGUUGUAUGGUUAUAUAUAUGUGUGUGUGUCUGUGUGUAUGCUGCUGUUUGAAAUUUUGGUCCGGAAAUACUGCGCCAUGAUACUGCUAUGUUCACUCCUUGAAAGAUACCUCUGUUUUGCAGAAUAAACAGCCAUGCUGGCUGGGGAAUUCU